GAGCAUAUAAUAGUCGGUCAUCCGUAACGCCCAAACAAGGGAACGAACAAAGAAGGGCUUUUGGGAUUGGGGUUCCGCCGUCCGUUCCCCCCCUCCUCACUCUCUCUGUUCUUUUGCAAAUAAAUUCGUUCUCUAUUUCACCACCACCACCACCAUCGCUACCACGAGAGAGAGAGAGAAAGAGGAACGAUGGCCUGCUCCUCGGCGGCCCCUCACCUCUGCUCUCCUCCGCCCAGAAUUCUGGGUUCGGAACAAGGCCGCCGCCAUCGCUCCUCUCGCGCUCCGUCCGUAGCCCUGCCCUCCUCCGCCGCCGCUCUCAGAGGAGCCCCCUCCCCUCUCCGAUCCACCGCUCGCCUCCCCCCCUCUCCCGUGCUUCCCCGGUGCCUCCAUGUUGGUGGGUCGAAAAAAUCACGAGUUAUUAGAGCAAGGUUGGAUGGUUCUCGGAGACAAAAUUUUCGGACUAUUGAUGAGUCGGUGGCUUUCGGGAUUAACAGGGGACAACUUCGAUGCUUUUCUUGUUUUCAAGGUCAUCGUAGGAACAGAUAUUCCCUUAGGAGAUGUGAACCGUCUGUUUUCUCAGACAAAUCGAGUCUCCCAUGUCAGAAACUGCUCUCUGGCAGAAAGACAGCAAUACAAUGUGCUGCUUUAGGUCCCGAGGAGCCGCAUGUAGCAAGUACGACAUGGUCAGAGGGAAUCCUUGAGAAACAAGGUUUACCUUUCUGGGAUCCUGAAGCAGAAAAUACAGAACUAGAUGGUUUUCUUAGUUCUCCACUUCCUACUCAUCCAAAGCUACACAGAGGACAACUGAAGAAUGGUCUACGCUAUAUUAUAUUACCUAAUAAAACACCACCUAACAGGUUUGAGGCGCAUAUGGAAGUUCACGUCGGAUCAAUUGAUGAAGAAGAUGAUGAGCAGGGGAUUGCACAUAUGAUAGAGCAUGUUGCAUUUCUUGGAAGUAAAAAGCGUGAGAAACUGCUUGGGACAGGAGCAAGGUCUAAUGCUUAUACUGACUUCCACCAUACAGUGUUUCACAUCCAUUCUCCGACUAGUACCAAGGACUCCGAUGAAGAUUUACUCCCAUUUGUACUUGACGCUCUGAAUGAGAUAGCUUUCUGUCCCAAGUUUCUCUCAUCACGAGUUGAGAAAGAGAGACGAGCAAUCCUUUCAGAACUCCAAAUGAUGAACACUAUAGAAUAUCGUGUUGAUUGCCAGUUGUUGCAACAUUUGCAUUCAGAAAACAAACUAAGUCAGAGAUUCCCAAUUGGAUUAGAAGAGCAAAUUCAGAAGUGGGACCCUGAUAAAAUCCGGAAAUUUCACGAGCGCUGGUACUAUCCUGCAAAUGCAACAUUAUAUCUAGUUGGUGACAUUGAUGACAUUUCCAAAACAGUGCAACAGAUUGAGGCAGUAUUUGGGCGGGCUCUGGCAGAAAAAGAAGCACCUCCUGUGCAAACGCAGAGUGCGUUUGGUGCAAUGGCAAGUUUUCUUGUUCCAAAGCUGCCAGGUGGGCUGGCUGGAAGUCUAACCAGUGAAAAAUCAUCCUUCUCUUUUGAUCAAACAAAGCUUGCAAAGAAAGAGAGGCAGGCAGUCAGGCCCCCUGUGCAACAUAAAUGGUCUCUUCCUGGAUUAGGGCAUAAUGCAAAGCCUCCAGAAAUUUUCCAGCAUGAGCUGAUUCAGAAUUUCUCUAUCAACAUGUUUUGCAAGGUUCCUGUCAACCCAGUCAGAACAUAUGGAGACUUGCGCAAUGUUCUGAUGAAGAGAAUAUUUUUGUCGGCUCUGCAUUUUCGGAUCAACACAAGAUAUAAGAGCUCGAAUCCUCCUUUUACAUCUAUUGAGUUGGAUCACAGUGAUUCAGGACGAGAAGGAUGCACUGUCACUACUCUUACAGUAACGGCUGAACCCCAAAAUUGGCAUAGUGCUAUUAAAGUUGCUGUUCACGAGGUCCGAAGGCUCAAAGAAUUUGGCGUAACAAAGGGGGAACUAACUCGCUACAUGGAUGCACUAAUAAAAGAUAGUGAACAAUUGGCUGCAAUGAUCGACAGUGUUCCAUCGGUUGAUAAUUUAGACUUUAUUAUGGAGAGUGAUGCACUCGAUCACACUGUUAUGGAUCAACUACAGGGAUAUGAGAGUUUGCUUGCGGUUGCUGAAACAGUUACACUUACAGAGGUUAAUACAGUUGGUGCAGAAGUGUUGGAGUUCAUUUCUGAUUUUGGAAAACCUACUGCUCCACUUCCUGCUGCUAUUGUUGCAUGUGUUCCAAAGAAAGUGCAUAUUGAUGGAAUUGGUGAUGCGGAUUUUGCGAUUAAUCCGCAAGAAAUCACAGAUGCAAUAGCUGCAGGUUUGGAGGAACCUAUACAUCCAGAGCCAGAGCUUGAGGUACCAAAACAACUAAUUAGUCCAUCACAACUGGAGGAGUUGAAGCUGCAGAGGAAACCAUCGUUUGUUUCUUUAUCUAAGGAUGAGCAUAUAUUAAAAGUAUUUGACAAGGAAACUGGCAUCACACAAUGCCGUCUGUCCAAUGGAAUUCCUGUGAACUACAAGAUCACAAAAAAUGAAGCUAGAGUUGGUGUCAUGCGACUGAUAGUGGGUGGUGGAAGAGCUACUGAAACUUCUGAAUCCAAGGGAGCUGUUGUUGUUGGCGUUCGCACUCUAAGUGAGGGUGGUUGUGUUGGUAAUUUUUCUAGGGAACAGGUAGAACUUUUCUGUGUGAACAACCUAAUAAACUGCUCCCUUGAGUCCACCGAGGAGUUCAUCUGUAUGGAAUUUAGAUUUACUCUAAGAGACAAUGGGAUGCGUGCUGCUUUUCAACUUCUUCAUAUGGUUCUUGAGCAUAGCGUAUGGCUAGAAGAUGCAUUUGAUAGAGCGAAGCAGUUAUAUUUGUCAUAUUACCGUUCCAUUCCCAAAAGUUUAGAACGGUCGACAGCUCAUAAACUUAUGCUGGCAAUGUUGAAUGGUGAUGAAAGAUUUGUUGAACCAACACCUGAGUCAUUGCAGAAAUUAACACCGCAAAUAGUGAAAGAUGCUGUCAUGGGCCAGUUUGCCAGCAACAAUAUGGAGGUCAGCAUUGUUGGAGAUUUCACUGAGGAUGAAAUAGAGGCUUGCAUUCUUGAUUAUCUUGGAACAGUCAGAGCAACUAGUUUUAACAGUGAGCAAUUUAUUGCUCCUAUUACUUUUGGGCCAUUUCCAUCUGAUAUGCAUUUCCAGCAAGUACACCUGAAGGAUACUGAUGAGAGGGCUUGUGCAUAUAUUGCAGGCCCAGCACCUAAUCGCUGGGGAUUCACUGUUGAAGGAAAAGAUCUUUUUCAUGCAAUCAAGUGUUCAACUCCAGACGAUGAACAGCCUAAUGCAGAUAAAUUGGUUUCUCUGGAGAAAAAAGACGUGAAUAUCCGGAGUCACCCUCUUUUCUUUGGCAUCACACUGGGUCUGCUGGCUGAGAUUAUAAAUUCUAGGCUCUUCACAACAGUUAGAGAUUCUUUGGGUUUGACAUACGAUGUAUCUUUUGAGCUAAGCCUCUUUGAUAGGCUGGAACUUGGUUGGUAUGUGAUAUCUGUAACUUCAACUCCAAGCAAGGUUCACAGAGCAGUUGAUGCAUGCAAAAGUGUUCUUAGAGGUCUUCACAAUAACAAGAUUGCCCAAAGGGAACUUGAGCGGGCAAAGAGGACCCUGUUGAUGAGACAUGAGGCCGAAUCCAAGUCAAAUGCUUAUUGGUUAGGGUUGCUGGCUCAUUUGCAAGCUCCAUCCAUUGCAAGAAAGGGUAUUUCGUGCAUCAAGGACUUGACUUUGUUGUACGAUAUUGCUACAGUCGAGGAUAUAUACCUUGCAUAUGAACAUUUGAAAGUAGAUGAUUCUUCAUUGUUUGCUUGUGUUGGGGUUGCUGGAGCUCAGGCCAGUGAAGAUAAUUCUGAUGAUGAACCAGAUGUGGGUCAUCAGGGGAUAACUCCCAUUGGCCGGGGUCUAUCAACAAUGACACGACCCACAACUUGAACUUGAUAGCUUUCCCAUUCUUCUAACAAUUUUGAGAAAUAAUGUUUGUUUCAACCAAGGAUAUACAACUUAGAUGUGUAACGUGAAGGAGCGAGAUAUAUAAACCAGGCUAGGGAUUAACCGAGUUCCUGGAGACCAUUCUGGCAACUCAGCACACAGAUGUGGAUGAGAUAUUGAGUGUACAACAGCUCGCUUAGCCAUGCAAUUGAUAUUCUUUUUCAAUUUGACAACUUCCAGCAUUUAUUAUUCCACACAUUGUUUGUAUAUACAAGGGAAAAUAAUGUAUUAUUGUAACCUUUUUAUUUUUUUCACAUAAUCUUUAAGAUGUUAUAGCCUGCUUGAAGCCUAGUGUGGAAACUUAAUCGCUUCGCAAUAGAAGAAAGCAAAGAGCAAUCCGCCCAACAAGCUCUAAUCAAAUAACCGGUUUUAGUGCUGAACUGGUCUGAUGAUGUACUCAAUCAAUCAUCUGUGAUUGUAUUGUAGCAAGCAAUGAAGACUCGGAUGCAUCUGGUCGUUGUAAUCUAAGAUACGAAUUAGCGUCGUCUGUGAAAUGCAAGUAGGUCAUUGUAAUUUUAGAUAGGAAUUAUUUCUUGGGUGAUAUACAAUUUUUGUUCUGAUCAAAUAAUGAUAAAGUAUUUGUUUUUCUUA